AUGUUUCUCUUGUUCCUUUGUGUUAUUUACCUGCCUGUAUUUGCAUCAACUGAUAGUGAUAAGCAGUACAGUGCACUGCACUUUGGAACCUCUUCGAGCGAUCAUAUUAGUUUCAACUAUGACAUGGCCCCAUUCCGAGAUUCUCUGUCCAUAUGCACGUGGAUCAAACGUAUCUCCACCUCAUCUUCACACCCGAUAGUGUUUAACUACUUAACUAGCGUUGACGAGAUUUUGAUUGCGCCUAAUGGCGAAUUUAACAGAGUAGUAGCUGAUACAGGUUUGGAAAACAGACACAACCUUUUCACAGUACCAUCGGCUGAAAUAAAGAAAAUAGCAGAAGGGGGACUAUGUUUUCAUUUAGAGGAAUUUUCCGACACUAGGAUCCUUCGAUGGGAGGAUAUUCUGGACAGAUCACGGAGUGGGUCUGUGAGUGAGGUAAAAGUGUGUGAGUGGAAAAGGAAACUAGAUACUCGGUUGAGAGAGUCACAAGAGAAACUGGCAAGUGUGACUGGAAGGCUGAACGGAACAGAGGCUCAACUUAGUAGGUCGGAGGAGAAAGUGGAGACACUAGCCAAUCUUCUUAAUUCAACUCAAGAAGAGUUAGAGUCAAGUCAACUGAAUUUCACUGAAGCUAAGAAGCAGCUUAAUGUAACGAAGGAAAAGCUGGUCACUGCAGAGGAGGAGCUGAAGGGGGUAACAUCUGAUCUGGAGGAGGUGACUGCUGAUCUGGAGGGGGUGACUGCUGAGCUGGAGGAGGUGACUGCUGAUAUGAACAGGACUGAAACUGCAUUGGAAACAGUUACCGGAGAUCUAAACUCAGCACAGGCAGAACUAGGAGCUGUAAGUGAUGACCUGGAGACUUGCUCCGCCGGCUUAAAAGACAUAGGGAGAAAGUUUAAAGAAUCUCGAACAUUCCACAAUGUCACCAGAUGGGAUGUCCUGUUUACUACCCCAUAUUUCAACAAGGUCUUCUCGAAUGAGCUGUUCCGACAACUCACCAACAGUUGGAAAAUGUUGGAAAAGUUCGUGGGCACGAACAUGACGGAGGGUGUUAUACAACAUUUCCGGCAUUUCCACCGAGAUGAAAUGUGCGAAGCCUUCGAACUCAUAAUGAUUGAGCACUUUAAGGAUACCGAGAUGACAACAGGAAUUAUGCCAUUAUGGCUCACUUUAUGGAAACUCAUUCGAAUGGGUGUAAGGAGUGAGGACGACACCGAUUCAAUACUCAUAGACCGGGACGCGCGCGCGCGGACGAUCAUAGACCGGGGACGACACUGA